UCAAGGUGACUGGGGGCUGGGGGGGGGUCCUUUUUUUUUUUUUUUCCCUUUUUUCUUUUUUGCAGUCAAAAAUCGUUGGCAGUAAGGGGAAGGAUUUCCCAGAAGUUUCCUUUAUUCCCCUCUGUAUUUAUAAAAGAAAAAUGCAUCCUCCAGAAACCACUACCAAAAUGGCUUCAGUACGGUUCAUGGUGACCCCAACAAAGAUCGAUGACAUUCCGGGAUUGUCGGACACCAGCCCGGACCUCAGCUCUCGGUCCAGCUCCCGAGUGAGAUUCAGCUCCCGGGAAAGCAUGCCUGAGACCAGCCGGAGUGAGCCGAUGAGUGAGACUUCGGGCGUCACCACGUCUCUGGUAACAGUGGCGCUGGAUCCAGCCAGUGACCGGACUUCCAACCCCCAGGAUGUUUCUGAGGACCCGAGUCAGAACUCCGUCACAGGGGAACACAGACAACUGUUAGAUGAUGGGCAUAAGAAAGCUCGGAAUGCUUAUCUCAAUAAUUCCAAUUAUGAAGAAGGAGAUGAAUAUUUUGAUAAAAACUUGGCACUAUUUGAGGAAGAAAUGGACACCAGACCAAAGGUGUCUUCUCUACUCAACCGCAUGGCCAAUUACACUAACCUGACCCAAGGAGCAAAGGAACAUGAAGAGGCAGAGAACAUUACUGAAGGGAAAAAAAAACCCACUAAGAGCCCCCAAAUGGGUACCUUCAUGGGUGUCUACCUUCCAUGUCUACAGAACAUUUUUGGAGUGAUUCUUUUUCUACGCCUUACGUGGGUGGUGGGCACAGCUGGAGUUCUUCAGGCCUUUGCAAUUGUCCUUAUCUGCUGCUGCUGUACAUUAUUGACUGCUAUCUCCAUGAGUGCCAUUGCCACCAAUGGAGUAGUGCCAGCUGGGGGCUCAUACUUUAUGAUUUCCCGAGCACUGGGCCCAGAAUUUGGUGGGGCUGUUGGCCUCUGCUUUUAUCUUGGUACCACUUUUGCAGCAGCCAUGUAUAUUCUUGGUGCCAUUGAAAUUUUUCUGGUAUAUAUUGUUCCUCGCGCUGCAAUCUUUCGUAGUGAUGAUGCACUCAAGGAAUCAGCAGCCAUGCUAAAUAAUAUGCGUGUCUAUGGCACAGCCUUCUUAGUUCUCAUGGUGUUGGUGGUAUUCAUCGGCGUACGCUAUGUGAACAAAUUUGCUUCACUUUUCCUGGCCUGUGUCAUUGUGUCCAUCUUAGCCAUCUAUGCUGGAGCCAUCAAGUCGUCUUUUGCCCCUCCACACUUCCCGGUCUGCAUGCUGGGUAAUCGAACCCUCUCGUCAAGACACAUUGACAUUUGCUCGAAAACUAAGGAAAUCAACAACAUGACAGUACCAUCAAAGUUAUGGGGUUUCUUCUGUAACUCAACUCAGUUUUUCAAUGUCACCUGUGAUGAAUACUUUGUACACAAUAACGUCACUUCAAUCCAGGGCAUUCCUGGAUUGGCUAGUGGUGUCAUUACAGAGAAUCUUUGGAGCAAUUAUCUAUUAAAGGGGGAGAUUAUUGAAAAGCCUUCAGCCAAAUCUUCUGAUGUCUUAGGCAGUUUAAACCAUGAGUAUGUCCUUGUUGACAUCACCACCUCCUUCACUCUUCUGGUGGGGAUCUUCUUUCCCUCUGUCACAGGUAUCAUGGCUGGAUCAAACAGAUCUGGAGAUCUGAAAGACGCCCAAAAAUCUAUUCCCAUUGGCACUAUUCUUGCCAUCCUGACCACUUCCUUUGUCUAUUUAAGCAAUGUUGUUCUUUUUGGUGCCUGUAUUGAAGGUGUUGUUCUCAGAGACAAGUUUGGGGAUGCUGUGAAAGGCAAUCUGGUAGUAGGUACUUUAUCUUGGCCAUCCCCAUGGGUGAUUGUCAUUGGCUCCUUCUUCUCCACAUGUGGAGCUGGACUUCAGAGUCUCACUGGUGCCCCAAGACUGCUACAGGCGAUAGCCAAGGAUAACAUCAUACCCUUUCUGAGGGUUUUUGGUCACAGCAAAGCCAAUGGUGAGCCUACCUGGGCUUUGCUCUUAACUGCUGCCAUUGCAGAGCUGGGAAUCCUUAUCGCCUCCCUGGAUCUCGUGGCCCCAAUUCUUUCCAUGUUUUUUCUCAUGUGUUACCUCUUUGUGAAUUUGGCAUGUGCCUUGCAAACAUUACUUCGAACACCAAACUGGAGACCCCGGUUCCGCUACUACCACUGGGCCCUCUCUUUCAUGGGAAUGAGUAUUUGUCUGGCUUUGAUGUUCAUUUCAUCCUGGUAUUAUGCCAUUGUAGCAAUGGUAAUUGCUGGUAUGAUCUACAAAUACAUUGAAUACCAAGGAGCUGAAAAAGAAUGGGGUGAUGGUAUUCGUGGACUGUCCCUCAGUGCAGCCCGGUUUGCUCUACUUCGACUGGAGGAAGGACCACCACAUACUAAAAACUGGAGGCCUCAGUUGCUUGUAUUGCUGAAACUCGAUGAAGACUUACAUGUCAAGCAUCCCCGCCUCCUCACCUUUGCUUCACAGCUCAAAGCAGGAAAAGGCCUCACUAUUGUGGGUUCUGUCAUCGUGGGGAACUUCCUGGAGAACUAUGGUGAAGCUUUAGCUGCUGAACAGACAAUAAAGCACCUAAUGGAAGCAGAGAAAGUGAAAGGAUUCUGCCAGCUGGUGGUGGCUGCCAAACUGAAAGAAGGGAUAUCCCACCUCAUCCAGUCAUGUGGCCUUGGUGGCAUGAAGCACAACACGGUGGUUAUGGGAUGGCCUAAUGGAUGGCGCCAGAGUGAAGAUGCUCGAGCUUGGAAGACUUUUAUUGGCACAGUUCGAGUGACAACUGCUGCCCAUCUGGCCCUGCUGGUGGCUAAAAAUAUCUCCUUCUUUCCCAGCAAUGUGGAACAGUUUUCUGAGGGCAACAUUGAUGUGUGGUGGAUUGUACAUGAUGGGGGGAUGCUCAUGCUAUUACCAUUCCUACUCAAACAGCACAAGGUAUGGCGAAAAUGCAGCAUACGGAUCUUCACAGUUGCCCAACUAGAAGACAAUAGUAUUCAGAUGAAGAAGGACCUGGCUACCUUCUUAUAUCACCUGCGCAUUGAGGCAGAAGUGGAAGUGGUGGAGAUGCAUGAUAGUGAUAUAUCAGCUUAUACUUAUGAGCGCACCCUGAUGAUGGAGCAAAGGUCCCAGAUGCUCCGGCACAUGCGACUCUCCAAAACAGAGCGAGACAGAGAGGCACAGUUGGUGAAAGACCGAAACUCAAUGCUCCGGUUGACAAGCAUUGGCUCUGAUGAGGAUGAAGAGACGGAGACCUAUCAGGAGAAGGUGCACAUGACUUGGACAAAAGACAAGUACAUGGCAUCCCGGGGGCAAAAAGCCAAGUCAAUGGAAGGAUUUCAGGACCUUCUAAACAUGCGUCCGGACCAGUCCAAUGUAAGGCGGAUGCAUACAGCAGUGAAGCUCAAUGAAGUUAUAGUUAACAAGUCCCAUGAAGCAAAGCUGGUUUUAUUGAACAUGCCUGGGCCACCCCGAAAUCCCGAGGGUGAUGAAAACUACAUGGAGUUCCUAGAAGUGCUCACCGAAGGAUUAGAGAGAGUCCUCCUUGUCCGAGGUGGUGGCAGUGAAGUGAUUACCAUUUAUUCAUAAUCCACUCCUGAAUGACUCUGCUUGGCUUCAGUUUUUCUGAAAGGCAUCUAUUCUCUGUGGAACUGCAGCUCUUCACUACCACUCCAUCAGCUAGAGGCCUGCGUCUUGUACACAUCACUGAACUCACUUAAACUCUUGAUGAGCUGAGCUUCAAGUAUUUGUGCAAAAUAUGUACGAACAGAUCUGUUCUUUGCUUCCAUAUGAUCUGCUGUCCUUACAGAAGAAGCAAGUAUUCCCUCAACACCAGAAGGGUAGUCAAGUCUAAAAGCCAUGUCUGUUCCAGUUGAAGGCAAGCUAGAACAACAAGCUAAACCAGUAAAAUGAAUUGGUAAAGGGAUGCUAGAAAUUAAACUGAACACAAAAAGCAAGUGCAAUCCAAUAUUAAAGAUAAGUCUUCUAAGUCAUGGUUCCAGUGACCCAGUGAAACUAACAACCCGAGACACAGCCUUAUCAUACUAAAGAAUUCAUGGCCAAGUACCUGGGCACCCAACAUCCUUGUGGAGAUAACUCGUGGCAUGCCAACCUGUAAACCGUCUUAGCUAAUCUUCCCAGGAGAGCCCCUGCUCUGCUCCCUGGGACUCUGAUUUUACAUUAGGGUACUAAAUGUACACAUACUGAAACAUGCCUGCAACCUCUGCUUCCUCCAAGAGAAAAUUUCCCUAAAUACCAGGUUUAACACACAAGUAACUGUUGGUAUGUAUUUCAGCUGUUUAUCAAAGCCCAUUCUGUAUUAUGUGCAAGUUUUAUAAUGGAAAUUUUUUUUAAAAGCUGUAGUAAAAAUUAUUUCAGGUUCUUUUCAGAUGGCCAGACUAUUAAGAUUUACUCAAAUAAUCUGUGGUUCUGUAACAUGAGUAAAACAUAGACAUCUAAGAAAUGGCAGAUGCUGAUGCACAAUGACCAAUAAGUUCUUAGCUACUCUAUCCCCUGAUUGAGAGACAGGAGUUAAAAAUCAGAGGAUAUAUUAGGAAUCUGGCUAAAAGUUCUUCCCUAAAAGCUUUGGGCUCUUUUCUUGGCUGGGGAUAUUGCCAGGGUCUCACAUAUACAAAGCGUGCACUGAGUCUCAUCCUCAGACUUGCACCAUCUUUUAAAGGGGGGAAUCCAGCAAUCUAAUUGGACAUUCUAAAGCCAUACUCUUUCCACAGUGCCAAAACUACUGAGCUGCUGCUACUCUGCUUACCUACUUCACUAAAGUGGCAUACAGUCGGCAUUGAUGGGGUCAAGAAUCUUCUUUCAUAAAGAAAUGUGUAGGGGUCAGGAAUAUAGCUCAGCAAGAGAACACAGGCUUUGCAUGUGUGAAGCCAUUAAGUUUGACUGCUGUAACCAUAAUGGGGAAAAAAUCUGUACUCAUUUCCAAAGCCAUAAUGAAGACUGGAGGCCCUCAGCUAAAUACCAGAGUGUGAGCAUUUUCCUUUUUCAAUUUUAUUAUUUAAUUACACUCAGUUCUCAGUUAAAAAUAAUCCACAAGUCUUCUAUUUUAUUUUCAGAAAGCACUGUGCCAAGGAAAUACUUGGUGCAAGCUUUUUAUUGAUUGAUCAUUUAACACCUGGAGUUAAAGAAAAACUACUGUGUAGCUGAGUUGUAAUUUCAAAUAUGUCAAAUCUUUGUUUUAUAAGAUAGGUAUUUAAAGAAACUAUUGUGUCUGAAUUUAUGCCUAUUUUUGAAUCUUACUUUAUUAAUGAGUUUCUUUUUAAUUAACCAGUAGAUAUAUGGAGCAAGUUGACUAGGUGCCAGCAGAGUUCAUUUCAUUCUGAGGGACAGAGAAAACCCUCCAAUAUGGCUUAAGAAACUGAAUUAUUUCUCAGUUUAAAAAAGGGGGGCAAGACAUGGAUAAUUUUGAUUUGUUCCCUCUGCUCCUCUUUCAACCUUCAGGCCCAUUCAGGGUUGGCAAAGCAGAUCUAAGUUUUUUCUCGCACCUUUCUACAAAACAGAGAAGCACUGUACAGCUUCCAUGGCGACACUCCAUUGCUUAGUUGCGCUUAGCAAUACUGGGACAGAUUCCUAAGACCCAAGAUACUGAAAACCCAUCUCUAAAGGUUAGCAUCCCCAGGAACUCUUCCACAUUCACAUAUUUACACUCCGGCCAAAGUUAUAUCUGUACAGCUAUAGUUAGAUUAUAUAGCUAUAGAUGGAUCUAUAGCUGUAUAGAUAAAGUAGCAGAAAGAUUUUUAGAGGUGGGAGAUUUUGUUGUGGUGUAAGAAUCUAAGAGGUAAGGGAAUUAAUAGCUGUUCUCAGUCACUACUUAUAGCCCUAAAAGACAAAAAUCACUGUUACAUGGUUAUUAGGCCAGAGUUUAACCCAUGUCUGUCUAGAGCAUUUCAUAUUUAUGUGUUCUUGUUUGUCUAUAAGAUGUCUCUUUUAAUCACUGCAAAUAAAGCAAUACUGAAAACUUGAUGAGAAUGCACCUUAGGGGAAGGGGCUUUGUGUUUCAAGAAGGAAGAGAAAGAGACUUCCUCCUGCCUUUUGAAUAAGAUCCAGCUUUUAAGUCUUAGCUAUGACUUGACUGGGGCAGGUAAUGAUAAUAUAUAUUCUCUGACUGCUGGCCCUCUGCCUUCGAUAGCUAUUAAAAGCUGUUAUUUGAAUUGUGGCAUCUGCUUGAUGGGUGCAAAGUUUCUCUUGGCAGGGGAAGAUCACAGCUCUAUCUUCCAUUGCCUCAGAGUCCUGUGGCCCCAUUCAUCCCGCCAAUCCUCAUUCCCACCCAACCGUGUUUAAAAUCCAUAUUGUGGAUAUUAAAGUAGCAAUUACACUGUAAGUAUAUUAAUGUGCUUUUUUGAGGUCUAGUUUAUUUUUCAUCAUGUGUUAUAUGAAUCCAUUGGUUUCUCGCAUCUUCCACAAGUGUCUCCAGAAUUUUUUUUAUGUUCUAGCUUAUAUUAAAUAAAGUGAAAUAUUAAGGAAAAUAGAUUUAAGGGAAAUGAGCAACUUUUUUUAAGCAUUGACCACUUAAUUUAUUGAGAGAUGUUGCUGUGUUUUCUUGAUUAAGCAGCAAACAUUCUUUUGUUUACAUAGUUAUGGUUUUAUUUGUUUUGCUCUGUACUGGAAACAUAAAUAAAGUUUUCUACAUUAUUUUCAGUCAAA